AUGGCGUCUAUACGAUUAUCUCGCCCACUACACACUCCAGAUCCUACAUUAUGGCGAUCAUUAUAUCGAGCUACUCUACGGGAAUGCACUUAUCUCCCUGAUCCCAUUGCUCGAGGAUACAUGCGUGAACAUGUCGUGCAUCGUUAUCGUCGAUCUCAAAAAUCCCAACGCUCAGACCUCGAUUUAGCCCGGUCAGCCAGACAGGGUCUAUCUAUCCUUCAAAGGGCAAACCAGGGCUAUCAGCGUCCACUCGAGAAAGUGCUUUACAUGUCAUAUGGUCGCACAGGAAAACGACGACAUGAGUUACUGGCCGACUUGAUGAAGCCCCAAGUCCCUAGAGACACCGAGGCCGUGAAGGAACUCAUUGCUCAACCAAUCCAAUUCGAAGAUGGCUGGGAACCGCCAGAGGUUAUUAUGAGUCUUGCAAAAUCUCAAAUGCACAAUGGUCUCUUGUCUUCUUCACGCAUUCGGCCUAUACUGAAGAACUUGCGUCCACCAAUUCCCGAGACGAAUAGCUGGGGCAAACCCGUGCCUCGAGUUCGUCGAGUCAAUAUCCGAAAGAAAUGGUACGGUAAUUUGUUGGAUACUCUUCUACCACCACUACCGUAUUCGGAGCUCCGAAUUCUAGACGGGUUGAUUCAAGGAACUGCGGCCUGGGCUCCACGGGCGAGACCGGUUGAACCGUUGACAUUCAAUGUUAACGAUGAGGAGAGUGACCCUUUACUGGACUUCUUAACAAAAGGCCCUCAAAAGGGUCACACAUUCCGCGAAUAUUCAAGUGGUCGACCGCACGAAAUCACCGACCGCUUCAUGCGUCGUCUAUGGAGACGAGUCUCAAGUCUCGUCCCCCGGAGACAAUACAGCGUCACGAUGAAUAAGUGGUUCUUCAUUUGGGACACUCCCAAGGCAAUGCCUCAACUGGCUUUUGAGGUUGCUACCACGGCAAAUCUUGACCAUGUCUUUGGCCAGUCAGAUGUCAAAGCCAGAGCUAGGAAUAAGGGCAGGUCCGAGACUCCACCGGACACUCCGGAUACUUCUAACCAAGAGCCAAAGGUCUAG